AUGCUUUCAUCCUCGUGCUUUACAGACAGCAAUAACACUAACAGUAAAAUCUUGUGGAGCAAAGAAAAUUCUCAAAGGGCGUUUGCUUACAAUAAGCAGCCAACUUUGACUCCAUUCGUAUCUACUUUAUCGACAAAAUUUGCUGCAACAGUUGCUAACCACAUUAUGACAAAGCAAGAAGCAAUGGAUACGUUAGGGUAUAUUCUACAAGAUUACGACGAUAUUACACAUGGGCAAUUAUUUGAUUGCUUUAUGGAUAACCAUUUGCUGCAAACUGAUUCCUCCGUUGAUAGAGACGAUGAAAAUUCAACAUACGUUUCCAUCUAUUUGAAUCAGAUGUCACAGAGAACAGGUGUUUUUUUGCCCCUUACGAAAUGUUAUUCGCCAACUUGUCAACCAAAUCGGUAUACAUGCUAUUCAACAACGUGUCCAAACAGGCGUACUUCAGGUUUAUUACGCGUACUUAACAGUGACGUUUGGAUUGAUGAGGCAAACAAAGAUACAAUUACAUAUGAAGCCAGCAAAAAAGCAAAGACUAAUAGAGCUUCUAUAGAUUGGAUUGAUCAUAUUCCUCUUCACUUACGAGAAACUACGAGUCGGAAAGAAUUGAAACGACAAGCAGGCAUUGCUGAGCUUAUAGUAACUGAAAUGAAUUACUGUGAAGAUCUAGAUAUUUUACACACUGUCUAUGCAGCGCCUUUACUGGCAUCCACAAAUAUAAUUGCGUCUUCUGCUCGUCGGCAACGAUUUUAUAAAAAUGUGUUUGGCAACUAUCGUGAUAUCAGUUAUCUUCAUCAUUCCUUCUACAAAAGGCUGAGAACACAAACCCGUCAUUCUAGCUUUUUCGUCGGCCGUAUUGGGACGCUCAUCAUGCAGCAUGCUACUAGUCUAAUCGAACCUUAUAAUCUUUACGCUUCAAAUCAUAUCAAAGCCAUUUACUGUUUGACGAUAGAGCAGAAGAACAAUCCUCAGUUUGCUGAAUUCCUCGAACUUCAAAAUUCUCAAAAAUGUACACGCCGACUAGGAUUACGGCAUUACCUAACUUCACCAACACUUUGGAUUGGGAAAUUCAAGUUGAUGCUAGAAGCGAUUCUGAAGAACACAACAGAUGAUGCAGAUCAACUUUCACUGAAAGCAUCCAUUGCUAUUCUACACGAUUUACUAUGCCGUAUGAAUAGUUCCGCUAUCUCUAAUAGCUCACCAGAAGAUUUUCGUUUUGAAGAAUUGCUAACUUCAAUCUAUUACUAUCCAGCAUAUCAGCAACAAGGCCAUAUAUUGAGUAGUAGCAGUCAUUUUGGUACCAAUAGUACAACAACAGUAAACCCAGAGUUACAGUUGUUUCCGUUAUCUGAAAAUUGUAAACUGAUUCGAGAAGAAGCAUUAUGGCUUGCUCGCUCAACACAUCCAUUGCAACCUUUAUUGUGUCAUAUGUUCUUAUUCUCGCAUGCCUUAAUAUUAACCCAUCCAAGGAUGAGAGCUAAUGGAAAAAUAGAGUACAUUAUUAUCUCGGGAACUCCAAUUCCGAUACGUCUCUUGUCGAUUGAUACAAACACUUCUUCGGUCAUACGUCGGCUAUCCCUGGCUUCAACUUCUAUGGUAUCAACCCCGCUACAUCUUUUGAACCAACUUCGCAGACAGAAAAGUGUUAAUUCUGAUUCCUCCUCAUCUGGAAGUACAACGAGUGACAGUCUUUUAAGCACUAAUAAUAUUAACAGCAGUAGUAGUAGCGAUAGUAAUAGUAAUCGUAGAGCUGAUCCCUUGUUAGAAAGUAGAAAACAGUAUAAAAAUGCGAGCUCCAAUUCCAAUCGCGUUAAGGAGAAUAGUCCCUUAAGCAGAAGAAAUACUACCAUUACAGUAUCACCAGCAGCCAGACUUUUAUCAAAAUUGGGUUCUUCAGUUCCAGAGCAGCAACAACAACAAAGCCGGCGGAGAACUAUGUCUGAUGUGAACUAUGCCUCAUUUCGGAAAAUUUAUCCUGUAGCUAAUGCCUUUACUACUACCGUUGAUGAUACAAUAAAUAGCCAUGUCUUGCCUCCUGUCAGUCUUAAAUCGAGGCUUUCAAAAUUACGCCAUAGUUUUAGUAUACGCACUACUCCCAGUUGCUCCUUGCCUCUCUCAUCGACUACAACAACAGUGUCUGCCGUUGAGAAUGAAGGAGGAGUAUCUGUUUCACGAAGAAUAUCUGCGCCUGCCAUGUUAUUACGGAACUUUCCCCAUUUCAACAAGGACUUCCCGCUAUGCAGCGGCAGUACUGUAUGUAACUCAGUGCCUACGUCAGCAAUAACAGCGACAGCAAAAGCUCCUGAAAUUCAACUGAAGGAAUUGCAUUUACGACAACAACAACAACAACAACAACAAGAACAACAACAGCGAAGGCGUCUACGCCAACAACAAAGGAGAACAUUGAAAAUCUGUCACAUGUCCUAUCCGGAUAUUACAUUUAAACUUGAAUUUUUAUCUCGAUCAGAUAAGAUGAUUUGGGAAAAUCUCCUAGCAAAUAUGAUAAAAACUGCUGAAGCGAAAGGUGACCUAUUCAACAUGCAAAUUGUAUGUCACUCAUUGUCUUUAAUACCGCAAUUGCAGCAUCAGGUCGGACAUUUACAGCAAAUGCCAGUACCUACAAUGACACCAGCCGCUCACUCGAACAACUACUAUUAUACAAGUGAUAACAGUAGUAGUGCGGGGACCGUAACGGACAUAAGAUGUGCCUGCGCGUUCGAAUUUCGUCAAGCGAAAACCGGUUAUACUGAAAAAUUAGUGGUUUUCGGUACACCAUUUGGGGUUUAUAUGGGGUCAAAUGAAUACGGCUCCACCAUGCCUUAUCAUCUUGUACUACCUAACCAAGACGUCUAUAGGCUUGCUGUAUGGGGAGAUAGACUUAUUGUUCAAGCGCGUGAAGAAAAAGAACAAAUGAUGCUCGUAGCCUAUGCUCUUGAGCCGUUGAUUGAUGCCUUCCAUCGUCGCACAGCAGGUCUUUCUACGUCCAAUGCUAUGACAGGCUGGUGGUGUAUGAUCAAACGCUCUGAUGUCAUUUGCUUUACUGUGGGUUGUCUUCGUGGGCAACCCGUAAUCGUGUACCUGACCAAACGACUGCAGGCAACUUGGCUUGUCAUUGUUGUUCCCAACGACAACAGCAGCAAUAGUAACCUACUCAAUAAAACACCGUCUUUGUCGCUGUCGCCGAUAACUGCAACUGAAAAGAGGCCGAUACAUUCAAUGGGAAGAUAUCACUGGUAUAAAAAGUACAGAACAGAAUUCGAGGUGAAUGUCAAAAAUCCAUGUGAAGUACAGAUAGUUGAUAAUAUAUUAUUUGUCAGAUCAGCCAAAAAUGGAGUGGAGAGAAUUGAUAUUUUCAAUAAAAAUGCCCCUUCUACUGCAGCUGCUAUGUUGCAAAUGAAGAAAGUUAAUUGGGCAUUUAUAGGCAAAAAUUCAAGCUUCAGUAUCAUACGAUCAUUAACGAAGAAUAACACAGUCGAUGCCUGCUGCCAUGGAAAUCACUACUGUUAUGCUGUUGCCAGUGAAUCUCAAUAUGUACAUAUUCUAUCUGUACCUUCAUCUCCCGCUAUCAGUAAUAAUAACAACAUAUUGCGAAAAGUUCGGUUCGAGUCUCAAGUACAUCAUGUAUCAGUAUUAUACCCUUUUCUUGUGGCUUUCUCCAAAUCAGUCAUUGAAAUAAGACACUUAGAAACCACUGAACUUGUUCAGGUGCUUAGAGGAAAAGAAAUUCAUUUUAUCUCAAAUCUACAUGCCCAUCAAGGCCAUUCAAUAGUACCCCAACCACUUUACUUUACAAUGUCAGAUAAAACAGCAACAAAUUCUACAAAAGUAGUUUCAAUUCACCAGCUAGUACAGGUUAUGAAGAAAGACGGGGAAUGA